UUAAUAACACAUUAUUGUAGGGAUAUGCAUCAUAUUUACACACACAAAAAAAAACCUAACCCUAAAUCAUUAUGGUAUUGAAAUUAGAUUUUGACACUGAAGUUCUGGGGGCCCGGUGCAGAAAGCAGCUCAGGCCACCAAUGUACUCUUCAGGUCUUAUUUGUUAUGCAGGAAGCAGCUGCAGCUUUGCAUCCACUGUGACAUUUGCUCCUGCCAGUCUGCCACGGCUGCGGUCCACCACCAGGCUUCCCAUCGGCCUAUCGCUGCUCUCCUACAUGCUGACGACGAGACCCGGAAGCCCCGAGGUGCCAGCUCUGCUUUGUUUUGGUAGCAGGAGUUGGAUAAGAGGGAAUAGGCGGAGGUCCGUGCGGGAGAAAGCUGCUCGCUAAAUGGGGAGAGCCACAUCGGGGAUGGAAGAUGACGGACCGAUAGCUGACGACUGUACAAUGCCGAGUUUUAUUGGCAGUUUCGAAGAAGGGAGGGUGAAAUUGUCCCGCAACCUGCCGACAGAAACUUCCUUCACGGGCAGCAAAGUUGAGCGGUCGGUCAAAGAUUUGAGCCGCCGUGUCACCAGGUCAAACUCGGGGUUAUCCCUGGACGGAGGCGAGAGGGAGUCGGAGGAGAGGGACAGCGAGGACGAGAAGGAUGCGAAGGGCAACAACAACAACAACUGCAACGGCGGAGGAGGGGGUGGAGGAGGAGAGAGGCGGAGGCCGAGCGCUGUCGAGAUUUUGAGGUGGAAUUUCGGGGUUUCGAAAUCUCCCUCUCUCCGUUUAAACACAAACACUCGGAUGCAGCGCGGCGACAGCCACGAAGGAGACGUUAAUAACGACGUUACAAACGGUUAUGGAGGCGAGCGUGGCGAGUGUAACAAAACGGAGCGUCAGACGGGCGAAGCGGGGACUGGAAACGAGCCAACCCUGAGCGACUUGACGACUUCGGAUGUACAAGGAGUUGAGUUUGUAGCCGUUACAGGUCAGCGCCGUCCUACGUGUGACAGUGACAGCAACACACUUCAGUUAGAAGAGUCUUUUAAAGAACACGUCUACUGCACUGUGUAUUGCAUCGCUAACGACGGUCAUCGAAAAGACGUUGAAAUCACAGGCGAUGAAACGGGCACGUCUGACGCAACAGAAAUGCACUUGGAGACAGCACAGGACGCGGAUUCGAGCCCCGAACCGGCACUGUACACAUUGGAGGAUCUGGUGGAUCCUUUCGGGGAUAUGGCCCACCGACUGUCCACGGAGCAGGCCGAUGCAGAGACUACGAUGCAGAGUUGCCGGGUGUGCCUGGAAGGAAAAUCCAUCGCACCCCUGCCCUGCUGCAGGAAGGCCGUGUGUGAUGAGUGUCUGAAACUCUACGUCAGCUCCCAGGUGCGCGUAGCCAAAUCUUACAUCAGCUGUCCGAUCCCAGAGUGCAGUGGCUACCUGGAGGAGGGGGUGGUGAUUUCCCAUUUAGCCAAUGAAGACGUGGCAAAAUAUCGUUACUUUUUGGAGCUGAGUCAGCUGGACUCGAGCACCAAGCCCUGCCCCCAGUGCAGUCAGUUCACCUCUCUGAAGGAGCACAACCCCAACCGCUCCGAGCACAAGUACAAGAUCCAGUGUAGCAACUGCCAGUUUGUGUGGUGCUUUAAAUGCCACGCACCAUGGCACAAUGGGGUCAAAUGUCGUGACUACAGGAGAGGAGACAAGCUGCUGCGAAGCUGGGCUAGUGUCAUAGAGCACGGACAAAGAAAUGCCCAGAAAUGUCCACGGUGCAAGAUUCAUAUUCAACGUACAGAGGGGUGUGACCACAUGACAUGUACGCAGUGUAAUACUAACUUCUGUUACCGCUGUGGAGAGCGCUACCGACACCUAAGGUUUUUUGGAGACCACACAUCCAACCUGAGCGUGUUUGGAUGCAAGUAUCGCUAUCUACCUAAUAAACCUCAUCUGAGACGGCUAAUCAGAGGGUCCGUCUGUGCCACUAAGCUGCUGAUAGCUCCAGUGGUCACUUUGCUGGUCGUGGUGCUCGGAGCCCUCGCGCUGGUGAUAGGUUUGGUCGUUUUCCCGGUCUACUAUGUGUGUAAGAGGAGGAAGAAGCAGCGCACACAGGGCUCCGGGCGCUGGAUUUGAAACCUGCUCUGCUUUUCAUCUAGGCCAGGCUCACACAGCUUGAAAGACAACGCCCGAAUCUCCUCAGGGAUGAACACGCCUGCCUGAGUCAUUGCGGAAAGUCUGAAAUUAACAAUACCAAUUAGCGGCGUACAUAAACUAAUAGAGCAAUGAUGCCUGGAUGAUCACACAAGCAUUUUGUAUCUAAUGAGACCACUGCUGCAAAAGGAAUUCUUUCAUCAGGUUAUACUGGCUACUCCACCACUGUCUCGGAUAGUGCUCUUCACACGAUGGAAAUGUUUGACUCCCUUAAAUCUCAACCAAAUUUCACAGCCGCCAACCGUUUUAGGCAGAUAACUCUCUUGGUGGCCAACCCUUGUCCCAGACACAUUGUAGGAAGUUUUAGCCGUGUCUGUUGGCUGAUUUUGACUCUUCUAACAACUGCUAUCUUUCUUUCAGGAGAACAAACUCAAAUAAUAGACAGAUGCAGUUUUGUUUACCCCCUGCACUAGAGAGAAUGUGCUAAAGGAGUGCGCUUGGAGCCUUUUGGUUAGCCUGAUAUGAUGAAAUGCUAUUGUAUGAAUACUGAGAGUAGAAGGUUUUAAAUGUUUGAGUAAGAUACUGGAAAUGAUGAACCCCGACUGAAAAGAAUAGGAGCUCACUGAUGAACAGAGAAAUGUGAGGAAAUAAUAUCUUCCUUGCUGAACUUUUGCAAAAGCUGCUUCAGUUGUUUGUGCUGCAAUUGGCAAGGGAAAAAUGCAAGAUGGAAACUGAAUGGGAUUUGAGUUGAGCACUCACUAUUCAAAAUAAUAUGAGAGGACUGAACUUGGAAGGAUGGAAUGAUGCUGCUGAACUGUUCUUGGCCCACCUGGAUAACCUUGACUUGAAAGUUGGGUCAUGUGUCCCCACCUAACUCUAAUCCUACGCUUUAAAAAAGGGGUCCUGUUUGCAAACACACAGCCAGCCCACUGACCCCUAGAUUAAAUAUUGACAACGCCAAGUGGAAUGUUUGGGAGCCUCCAUUGUUUUCUGUUGUUUCCCCACCUUCUAUCUGUCCCCAUCUUCCUCGCCAUCUGCCUGGCUGGAUGGUGGCUCACACACACCCUCCCUGCCUGGCAGGUCGUCUCUCUGCUGUGGCCCCAUACUGUAUUGCCAGUAUCUGCAUCAUCAAAAAAAAUAAAUAAUAUAAAUAGCUGCUGUGCGGCAAUUGUGCCAAAACAAAUUGCUGAAUGUGGCAGGACAGGCCUGUCCCUUUGUUUUUUUUUUUGUUGUUAUUGUUUUGUAGGGGAUGCCUGUUGCAGAGGUUUGGGGCGGUGAUGCUGUCAGUGUGUAGUGGAGUCUGCAUGAAUAAAUAGACGUAGAGGCUCUAUCAGAUUACACAAGCUGUAGAUAGUUCCCGGAUUAAAUGACUGAACAUACUAUUGCAAAUGGUACCUGUAGAUAAACAGAAUAAAGUAUUUAAGAUGUAACUUUUCAUUUUUAUGUAGUCUGGGUGAUGGUUUGCUUAAGAGCUAAACGUGGUGUUAAGUUAAAGAAAUUAACUCCAUCAGGUUACCAUCAGGUUGCUGUGCACUGAAUAUGUGGUAUAUUAAAUUAGGAUGUUAAUAAUUAGGUGAUCAGGUUUUGAAUGUUUGAUGCAGAGUUCGGUUUAGUGUCUGAUUUUUUGCAGUGAUAAGAGGACAUCAGUCUGCUUGAGAGUUUGGAUUGUGAUGUAGUGGUUUUUUUAACGUACACAUAUGCCCUCUUGGCUCAUUCACACUGGCACAUACUGCAAGAAAGCACACACAUGGAGUGCUGCCAGGGAACAGGAGAUUUUCGAGAGCUUUAAAGGCCGUCACCUGGUAGCACUCAGCUUGCUGUCCUUCACUUAUCCCUCUAUCCUCUCCUCCCUGCUGUCAGUCCUUAGUUUUGAAAAUGAGUGCGCAUCCACUGGAGCUGUGGCUAGUGUUCAGCCACAAAAAAAAAAAUCAUCCGAACUUGAUGCUUUUGAGCCUCUAAUAUGUGAAAAUAACACAGAGCUACCUGUGGUGCACACUGCGGUCAAGUACAAGUGGUUUUCCACAUUAGCCAUAGAUUUAUUUUGUGUUUUUGUGUGUUUAUCCCAGUCCCACCACUACAUGGAGUGAUCAGUUUUGUUGUUUUAUUGCUCCAUCAUGAGAUGUUUAUGAAGACGUUUGAAUGGAGAGACUCAAGGAAAAGAAAAGACAAGGAUGAGCACAAUAUAUCGGCACACAAGAGAUGCUACAUUGAAGCCAGUGAAGUGGAAUGAUAAGAUGAUUAAACAUGGAGGGGAAAUGUCUCCACUGGAAACAAACACUUCAAUGCAUUUUAAAGUGCUCACCAGUGGAAUAUAUCCUGAGUGUGACAGCACAUUUCAUCACUGAAUUUUCACUAAAACCAGGAUUUAAGGCACGAAGUUGGUGUUCACGCAUGUUGGACAUUUUUGCAGUGCUAUGCCAUGAGCUUUUGUCCCAGGGAUCAGAAAUAUUUUCAACAUCUGGGAGUUCAUCAAUACCAACUGUUCCUGAAUGGCACAGAAAAAGAUCUUUGUUACACACUGCUUUCAGUAGGUCCUGACUCUGGGGUUGAAUCCACUCUCAGGGAGUUUGUUUUCUGUUCACUGUCCCCAGAGCCCUCCAUCCACACGAGUUGUGCCACAGAAAUCAGCACCAGGAAGUAAAAACAUUGUAAUGUAGUCAAAAGAGACCUCGGUUAUGCAAACGUCUGUGUUUUCCCAGCAUGACUCGGUGUUGUGUACGCUGCGUGGGGUUCAGGGGGGUUGAACCUGGGAAUAAAAAGUGGAACAAGAAGCUAUGCGUUUGUAACUCACCGCUGGGAAAUGAAAUGUUAUGCGCCAAACAAAAAUAUUGAAACUAUCUAAUUAAGAAUUGUUCACUUGCAUCAUGUGCAUCAAUGUUUUAUCUAACUGCUCAGCUAGUACCACACUGACACGUUGAACUGCUGCAUUUCUUUUUGUUUGAGUGACAUACUGACAUGUGACACUUACAAAAAUCUUUAGCACAGAGAAAUGCAUCAGCAGUCAAAUUAGUUUAAUAAGUGUUGUUUUUGUUUUUUUUACAAUGCCAUAAACGUAAAUUGUUUUACUAUUUCCAUGUCAUUUUAUCAAAUACGUUGCCCUGCACUUUACACUUUACCACAGCUGAAACGAUAAGCCCAUUGAGUAGCUUAUUUCCAUAAAAUUAACAAAGGAUAUCUCUGAUAAUUGAUCAGUCAUUUACAUCAUUUAUCUAACGUUUGCAUGGGUUUACAGUCAGUUUUAUUUGCCAAUUUUGCUGCCAGACAGUAAUUUAAAAUCUGAAUUUCUUCUACAUUGAUCAGCUAUAGGACAAAUGUAAAUGAAUAAGGUUUUCUGGCAGCAUGAUAUUUGUCCUGGUCUGCUCCUCAUAUGUGGUUUCUUUCUUGUGUGUGUUCAGAAUUCUGCUGACUGAUUCAAUGUUAAGAUGGCACAUGGAAACGCCAUAAUGUGCUUUGUUUUGUUGUUGUUGUGUUCUUACAUAUUACUGACUUGAUCGCUGACAUUUAUCUAGACAUAAAGCAACUGUUUGGGUGAAGCUUUUACAUGUAAAAAGAAAAGUUAUAUAUAUAUACAUAUAUCAAUUAAUUCAGCUACAUGAGGUAUUUUGGGCAAUGAUUUUUCUUUUGCUGGGGUGUAUCGGCAGGCUGAUACCCCUGGCCUUUUUCUUUGUGGUAUUUGCAUAGAUAUGCAAUAGUGCCUUCACAGCCAUAAUAGAUCAGGGUUUGCCAUCAGGGCCCCUGCGUGACUCCGAAGAUUACAAAUGGGGGUAAAAUAUGUCACAGCCUCACUGAGCUGUGUGUUAUGUGUUAGAACAGCUAAAGCAAAGCAGAAUACAUUAUAAUAUGGGGCUCUGAAUGUAAAAGAAAAGUGUGUGGGUCCAUUGUUAAAUAUAUCUAUUGGAUCUAUUCAUCUGUUACCCCAACACACAGGGCAACGUGCAGUGCAAUCAGGCCAUCAAUUAACAUGUGUUUUUUUUUUUUGGCUGAAACAGUUAAUAGCUAAAGAUAAACCUCUAAAAAUUUAGAGGUACCACUAUACAGGGUGUCAGCUAUAUCCCAAAUACUCUUGUAGUUUAGUGCACUUUAUUUUGGCUCAUAUCAACCUCACUCUUUGGACUGUAGAUAAAAUGAGGAAGCAGUGGCACAGCCAACCCCGGUCAUUUUGCUAGAUGCUCAGUGAAGGAAGUGAUUAUACCAAAAAGAUGUGUCAUUGUCACCAAAUCAAAUGUCUAGUUAGGGACAGUAUAUCAUAAUUUUCAUUCAUUUCAACUCAGGAGGCCUGUGGAUAUUAGCAGUACAUGGUGUAUUAUCAGUAACAUCAGGAUGUUUUCCCCAUCUAGAUAUGCAAACGGCAACAUUUAUGUCUUUACACCACUUAGUUUUCAAGGAUAUUUCUAUUUGAAGAAAUGUCUUAAAAUUCAUUACUGUGCACCUUGUUUGCACCAAGAACAGAUUCUGCUGCCAUUGUUACAAAUGUCUGCUGAUAUUGUUAUUGCUCACUUAGCCAGGCACAAACAUUGUUUUCAUCUGAGGAUCUGAUGAUGAAUAAAGUGGGUCAUAUGCUAAAAUGU